UACCCGGCGCAGUGGCUCAAGAUGGCCACCAAGGAGCUCAAGGGCAAGGAUCCGACCACGCAGCUGCUCUGGAAGACGCCCGAGGGCAUCCCCAUUAAGCCCCUGUACACGCAGGGCGACCUGGAGGGGCUGGACGUCGCGCAGGCGCCCGGCACCUUCCCCUUCACGCGCGGGCCCUACGCCUCCAUGUACACGGCCAAGCCCUGGACCGUGCGCCAAUACGCCGGCUUCAGCACGGCCGAGGAGUCCAACGCCUUCUACCGGAAGAACCUGGCGGCCGGCCAGCAGGGCCUGAGCGUGGCCUUCGACCUGGCCACCCACCGCGGCUACGACUCGGACCACCCGCGCGUGCACGGCGACGUGGGCAUGGCGGGCGUGCCCAUCGACUCGAUCGCCGACAUGAAGGUGCUGUUCGACGGCAUCCCGCUGGACAAAAUGUCCGUGUCCAUGACCAUGAACGGCGCCGUGCUGCCCAUUCUGGCCAUGUACAUCGUCACGGCCGAGGAGCAAGGAGUGGACCAGAAGCUGCUGUCGGGCACCAUCCAGAACGACAUCUUGAAGGAGUUCAUGGUGCGCAACACCUUCAUCUACCCGCCGGCGCCCAGCAUGCGGAUCAUCCAGGACAUCUUCGGAUACACGUCCGAGUACAUGCCCAAGUACAACUCCAUCUCGAUCUCGGGCUACCACAUGCAGGAAGCUGGCGCCGACGCGCGGCUCGAGCUGGCCUUCACGAUCGCCGAUGGCAUUGAGUACGUGAGGGCCGCGCAGGCUGCGGGCCUCGACGUGGACGCCGUGGCCCCGAGACUGUCGUUCUUCUUCGCGAUUGGAAUGAACUUUUACAUGGAAGUGGCCAAGCUGCGCGCCGCGAGGAAGCUCUGGGCCAAUCUGAUGAAGGAGAAAUUUGAGCCGAAAAACGUCAAGAGUCUGCUGCUGCGUACGCAUUGCCAGACGUCCGGAUACUCGCUGACUGAGCAGGAUCCGUACAAUAACAUCAUGCGGACCACGGUGGAGGCCAUGGCUGCUGUCAUGGGCGGCACGCAGAGUCUGCACACGAACGCUCUGGAUGAGGCGCUGGGUCUACCGACGGAGUUCAGCGCUCGCUUGGCUCGUAACACGCAGCUAGUGCUGCAGGAGGAGACCGGUAUCCCGCGUGUGGCUGAUCCGUGGGGUGGCUCGUACCUCAUGGAGACGCUGACGCAGGAGCUGUACGAUGCAGCCUUGUCGGUCAUCAACGAGGUGGAAGAGAUGGGUGGAAUGGCCAAGGCGAUUGAGUCCGGCAUGGCGAAGUUGCGGAUCGAAGAGAGCGCCACGAAGAAGCAGGCGCGCGUGGACUCGCGUGAGGAGACCAUUGUGGGCGUGAACAAGUACGUGGUGGAGAACCCAGACACGGUCGACGUGCUAACGAUCGACAACACGGCGGUGCGCAAGAAGCAGAUCGCGCGCAUCAAGGAGACCAAGGCCAACCGCGACGAGGCUGCAGCUCAGGCUUGUCUGCAGAAGCUGCGUGAUUCCGCUGCGCUCACGGAAAGCACGGGUCCUGGUAAACACCCGAUGAACCUGCUGAAGCUGUCUGUGGAUGCGGCACGAGAUCGUUGCACGGUGGGUGAGAUUUCAGAGGCGUUGGAGGACGUUUGGGGUCGGCAUAUCCCGAAGAGCUCCGUUGUGUCGGGCGCGUACCGUAACGAGUACAAGCACAACGACGAGGCUGAAGCUGAAUACAACGAAGUUGUCAAGGAGAUUGAGGACUUCGCGGAGCGCUUCGGUCGUCGUCCUCGCAUGCUAAUCGCCAAGAUGGGCCAGGACGGCCACGACCGUGGCGCCAAGGUUAUUGCAUCGGGAUACUCGGACAUGGGUUUUGAUGUUGAUGUGGGGCCUCUGUUUUCGACACCGGAGGAGACGGCUCGUCAAGCUGUGGAUGCAGAUGUGCACUGCAUCGGGGUGAGCUCGUUGGCUGCUGGUCACAACACGCUGGUGCCGGCGCUAGUUGAAGCGCUGAAGAAGGAAAGUGCAGAGCACAUCUUGGUGAUCUGCGGUGGAGUCAUCCCGCCCAAGGACUACCAGUUCCUGUACGACGCAGGCGUGGGCGCCAUCUUUGGUCCGGGGACGCGCCUCCCUGUGAGCGCCCGCGAGACGCUGCGUGCUAUUAUCAAGAAAUCAGAAGAAAACGCAGCCAAGGGCUUGUAGUCGCCGCGAAGGAGAUAGCAACCAGAGGAACAAGACCCGAUUU